AUGCCGAGACCCGAGGUCGAUGCGAAUGACCCUCGCAACAGGCCCCUCGGAAGCAACUCUCCCGAUGGGCCUCCUCUUCUGCAUAGAAUUGAGGAGUCUGCUAGGCCACGAGUAUCCGAUGGCGUCAAGUGGAGAGACAUUAACUGGUCGUCUGACUUGCUUCGCAGCCACCCGUUUCGUUCCAGUAUGCCUCCCAGUCCUCGCUCCAAGGAGGGCCAGGAAGACGAGCAGAACAAAAAAGCGGAGUCAGCUGGUGAUCGUGUGAAUACCGAAGAGCUUGCAAAUUUUGAGAGCAAUCUUUCGGCCCCCUCUCCUGACCAAGAGAGACGAGGCCAUUUGCGCCCUUUAACGGAGAACUCAUCCUCGGUCGAUGCCUCUCACUUCGAGUCACCCAAUCGGGAGAAGUAUUGGGGCAAGCGAUUUGCUAGACGAAUCAAGGAGGCAAAAAUUUCAAAGACCCCAGAGGACAUGGGCCUUGGUAUCGAUGGGAUUGAGGUAAAAGUCAGCUUCAGCCCGAUGUUCCAUAGUUCAGUAUGCCCGGACAGCGAGAAACUUGCCACUGACCAUUGUUUCAAGGACACCUCCGCUACUACUGAGCCUUUGCAUCCAAUAAUCUCCCCCCAAGAAGAGACCAAGGAGUCAUUGGACAACCUCAUUAAUGAGUUGGUCGCCGAGGAUGGCAAUAAUCCCGAUGUGCCGCUGCUGACAUUGACCUCCGACAAAGGCGAUAAAUACGACCAUACCCUUCUCCAAACCGCAAUCAACCGGGGUCUGACUGAUGAACAGGUGGCUGAUCGCCGCAAGACUCAUGGCUGGAACCGCUUUACCCAGGAUAAGGUUAACCACUGGAUCAAGUUUUUGAUGUUCUUUAUGGGCCCUAUCCAAUGGGUCAUGGAGUGUACAAUCGUGCUUGCUGGGGGCCUCCAAGACUGGAUUGACUUCGGCAUCAUUUGCGCUUUACUCCUGCUGAAUGCCUUGGUUGGGUUUGGACAGGAGUACCAUGCCGGUAACAUUGUUGCGAGCCUCAAGAAGACACUUGCUCUCCGUGCUAUUGUCGUUCGUAACGGUUCAAUUGUGGAGAUCAGUGCUGAAGAAGUUGUAAUUGGUGAUAUAAUUCAUCUGGAAGACGGCUCCAUCAUUCCGGCGGAUGGCAAGAUGGUAUGCGACGAUUUGGUCAUCCAGGUUGAUCAGUCUGGCAUAACUGGAGAAUCGCUUGCUGUUGAUAAACACAAAGGGGAUCCUUGCUUUGCCUCCUCGGCUGUCAAGCGUGGCUCCGGACUCAUGGUCGCCACUGCUAUUGGUGAUAAAACUUUCGUUGGUACUGCUGCAGCCCUUGUCAACAAGGCUGAGCAAUGCAUUGGACAUUUCACUCGAGUGCUGAACGGAAUGGCUCGUGCACUUCUGUAUUUGGUGAUUUUCACACUUCUAGCUGUUUGGAUUGCUAGCUACUAUCGCUCUGAUCCCAUUGUCGAGAUCCUGGAAUUCACCCUGGCAAUUACUAUGAUUGGAGUACCCGUUGGACUUCCUGUCGUUGUCACCACAACCAUGGCUGUUGGUGCGGCCUAUUUGGCGAAGCGAAAGGCCAUUGUGCAAAAGCUUUCGGCGAUCGAGUCCUUGGCAGGGGUAGAGAUCCUUUGCUCGGACAAAACAGGAACACUGACGCGUAACGUUCUGACUCUGGGAGAUCCAUAUCUUGUUCCUGGCAUGACCGCGGAUGAUCUCGUAUUAACUGCAUGCCUCGCGGCCAACCGGAAGAAGGGCGGAAUCGAUGCCAUUGACAAAGUAUUCUUGAAGGCUCUGCGUUAUUACCCGGACAUCAAAGACCUGAUUGCAUCAUACAAGACUGUUGAUUUCAAGCCAUUCGAUCCGGUGUCAAAGAAAGUCACCGCACUUGUGGAGGCCGCCAAUGGUGAUCAGAUGAUUUGCAUCAAAGGUGCUCCCAAGACCGUUCUCAAGACGGUUCAGGAAGAAGGCGACAUCAGUGAAUUCUUUGUGACUGAGUACAAGGCAAAGGUUACCGAAUUUGCCAACCGAGGAUUCAGAUCCCUGGGAGUUGCCCGCAAGCGUGCUGGUCAAAAUUGGGAAAUCUUGGGAAUCAUUCCAUGCUCGGACCCACCGCGUCAUGACACUGCUCAGACAAUCGCUGAAGCUAAAGAGCUGGGACUGUGUAUCAAGAUGCUCACUGGGGAUGCAGUUGGUAUUGCCCGAGAGACGGCUGCCAAGCUGUGCCUUGGAACCAACAUCUAUAAUGCUGAACGUCUUGGUCUCACUGGUGCCGGUUCAAUGUCUGGGUCGGAAGUUGCUGACUUUGUCGAGGCUGCGGACGGGUUUGCGGAGGUUUUCCCCGAGCACAAGUACUCUGUUGUCGAGAUCUUACAGAACCGCGGUUAUCUGGUUGCCAUGACUGGUGACGGCGUCAAUGAUGCUGCUUCAUUGAAGAAGGCUGAUACUGGAAUUGCAGUCGAGGGUGCAUCGGAUGCGGCUCGUUCUGCCGCUGAUAUUGUAUUCCUAGAGCCCGGUUUGUCUGCCAUCAUUGAUGCGAUCAAGACGUCCCGUGAGAUCUUCCACCGGAUGUACUCGUACGUGGUCUAUCGAAUUGCCCUCUCAAUCCACUUGGAGUUGUUUUUCGCGAUUAAGAUCUUCAUUGAGAAUGAGAUCAUGGAUCUUCGCUUAGUUGUUCUGUUUGCCAUCUUUGCCGACAUUGCAACUUUGGCGAUUGCCUAUGACAAUGCUUCUUAUUCGCAGCUGCCCGUUAAAUGGAAUACUCCGCGUCUUUGGGGAGAAUCAAUCGUACUGGGAUUUAUUCUGGCCGUGGGAAGCUGGGUGACGUAUGGUACGAUGCUUCUUGAUCGUGAAGGAGGUAUCAUUGAAGGUCGCGGCUCGCGUGAUGAAGUGAUGUUCUUGGAGAUCGCACUGACUCAGAGCUGGUUGAUCCUGGUCACUCGGGCGGCUGGUACUGGCUCACAGUCUCUGUGGAAGAGCCCGCCAUCUCUGGCUCUGCUGGGCGCGAUUGGAUCUGUGGAUUUGACUGCAACACUAAUGGGUCACUUCGGUGUUUUCGGCGAUGCGACAUCCGGGCUGACUAUUGUACGCGUCUGGGUUAUGGCUCUGGGUGCCAUCUGUGUCACUGCCAUGGCAUUCAUUCUGAUGCACAACUCAGCUGCCUUUGAUAGCCUCACUCAUUGCAGAAUGCCUCGACGAAAGACUAAAGAGCGUUCAAAGGAAGACUUUGGCCUCGACUUGCAGCGCACUGCCAAUGAUCACGAAGUGAACAGCUAA